AUUUAACUACUUACCAGUAGAUGUUUCUACCAUUAGGAUCCAUACCUCGGACAUGAUUAUGAAUAUGAAUUUAUCGCGGAUGCAGAAUGGAAUUAGCCAAACGAUUUUGCAUCCCAGGUUGGAAAGCUGGCAGGCGUUGCAUUAAUCUAAGGAAGGAGUAAAUAAGAUGCAUCUUAUAGACUCAGAAAUCUAAAUAACUAGGAUAUAUGCACAGCUUGUGAGGGGAAUUGAGAAACAGAAGAAGCAACUACAUGUAUCCUGUACUCUGCAGAUGCUGAUUUCAACAUUUAGGAGCUGAUCAUAGGACGUAGAAUAUCUGAUCUUCAUUCUUAAUGUAUGGGGAGCUUCUAUGUGGAAUCAUUUUCGAAGGUAUGCGAGAAACUUCUGGCUUGGAAGAGUAUAUAGAGUAACCUUAUAGAAACGCAAUCUAUAAUGCCAAGAUGUUAGAGUCACCCGCUGCUUCAACCCUUACGUAAUGUAGUUAGUUGAUUGUGACCCGUCACACAUCUCCAUGGCAACAGUCUGUGGCACAACAAACUCCAUUGCGAAUGGCCACAUCCAAGUCAGUUGCCAGUCAGCCCGCAGCAUGUCCUUGUUCAAUGUGUGCAGUUGGUGGUCAGCGCAAUGUGGCGACACCGUUGGCGACUACGAUGUGGCCAGUUUGUUGUGUGCUCGCUUCGGACUGGAGGCGCAGGAGAAGGAUUACAUCAUUGUGGGCUCACAGUCCGGACAGCUGAGUAUUUAUUAUCCGCAUGGCAAUGCAUUUGAGGCCACGGAUUUGCUGCUGGAGACGCAGCUGACGGCGCCCAUCCUAGGUCUAUACGCGGGCAAAUUUAGCGGAAAUGUGCGCAACGAGAACACCAAUCAGCUGGCCGUGCUGCUGCCCAAUGCGAUUGUCAUCUACAAUGUGCAGGCGCUGAGCGGCUUGGCCGAUUAUGGCGCCCAGCUGAAGCUGCAGCAGCUGGCGGAGCACAAGUUUCGGCGUGUCGCCUUCUCCAUGUGCCAGGGUCACUUUGGCCAGGUCAAGGGGCGCGAGUUCUUCUGCGUGGUGCACUUGGAUGGCACGCUUACCUUUUACGAACAGGAUGGCAUUACCUACGAGUGUCGCUUUCCCGGGCAACGUAGUCUGCCCGCUCCGGUGGUCUACUGUGAGCGCACUGAUUGCUUCUUUCGCCUAAGCGCCACCUGGCAUCUGCAGUGCUUCAGCUAUCAGGAUCUGUCUCACUCGCUGGUCACCAAGAGCAGCUAUCAGCCCAUCUGGUCGCAGUGCAUUGGCGAGGGCAUGCUCGACAUGCGCGUCGUCCAGCUGAAGGAGAGUUGCUCCUACAUCAUGAUUCUGGGCGAGCGCAACUUCAUCUGCCUGGACGACAAUGGCAAAUUCAAUUUUAUCCUAAAGCUCGACUAUGCGCCCAAGUGCUUUUACAGCUUCGUCGUGGGCUACUACUGGGAGCCUGGCGCACGUCUUAUAACGGCCAUUGUCUCGGAUGCCGCCAAGCUGCACAUUUACGAGGAGGCCAACAUUAUUUGGGCCGCCCAGUGGCAGCAGCCGGCGCCCGUGGCCAUACAGCGCUCCAAUGUGCAGAGUCUGGCGGGCAGCAUUGUCACCCUGACUGCCACGGGGCAGCUGACAGUUGGCUAUUUGGGCGCCCAGCCGUAUCAGUUCCAGGUGCUGCCGCUCAACAUGGAGGAGCUGAGCUUUGCCGAGGCGCACAAGCAGCUGCAGCAGCUGGAGGAUGAGAUCAAGGAGUCGGUGGACAUACGCGACAUGGACGCGCUCAAUCAGCAGGCUGCGGAUCAGGUGCGUCUCAUUUUCAGCAUACAGCGUGAGGUGUUCGAUGACUUGGACACGUUGCUCUUGGACGUGCCGGCUGAUGUGGCAGUCAAGGAGCUGCCCUCGGCCAAGGGUUUGCUCCGGCUGAAAGUCAAGGCAGAGUUGGCGGAGCUGCAGCUGGUCAUACAAACGCCCAACGGAGUGCGCUGCAGCCAGGAGACGCUCAGCCUGAUGGAUGUGCCAGCGGGCAGCAGCCAGGAGCUAACGCUGGACUUUUACAUAGCCGAGCUGUUGCAUGUGCACAGCACACGUGUCGAGGUGUUCGCCUCGUUUGUUAGCCCACGAGGCAUACCUCGUGUGCUGCAACAAAGCGCUUAUCUGCCGCUGUCCAUGUUCUAUCGCAGCUGUCAGCCACAGAAGGCGGCUGGCAUUAAGCUGACCUACACCAUCAACAGCAAGCACGUGCCGCCCAAGCUGGCCACCUUCUUUGGCGAGUUCCUGGAGGCGGAUAGCGAUGCUCAGGCCCUGGGCCUACAGCUGCUGUGUCCCGGCCUGGAAAAGCUAACCGAACUCAUAACCGUGGUGUCAGCCAAGAACUCGAAUCGGAUCAGAAUACAAUCGGACUGUGUGGAAACGUUUGCCAUGAUCCUGGAGCGCAUUGUGAACACCACCCUGCAGCUGGACAGCGAUGCGAGCCUGCUCAAGAUGCACAAGAAGAAGCCCAAACGUGGUGUACUCAAUCGCUGUGUGGAACGCAUCAUGGCCGCCCCCUUCAUACCCGCCCAGCCCAUACUGCAUCGCGCCGAUGUGCACCACGAGACACAGCAGAGUAUACGCAAGCAAACGGAACAAUUGGAGGCGCUAUGGCAACAGUUCAAAACGCUGCAGCGCCAGCUACAGGAACAAUCGGAGAGCGAGCCGAAGGAGGCCCUCACCAUGCAAAUCGAGGCGAACUACGACCACCUGAUACUGGAAGGCGAUAAACUGGUCGAAAUACGGCGGGACGAGCACAGGCAGCGCAGCGACCUCAACUGCGCCGUAUCGUUAGCCAAAUGGAUAAUACACGCAUUGAACCUGGAGGAGCGGGUGGUGAAUGUUGUUAGCUCGGUACUGAGCGUGCCUGUAGAGGAUUGGACAGAACUGAGCUGGGAGGAAUCGAUGGCGCCCGGCAUCGAUAUGCUGCACCAUUUCGGACCCUUGAUGCGCUCCAAGUCGACAUCAACCCAUGGCCUGCUGGAUGGCACCACCAGCAAGGAUAGCUUCGACUACAGUCGUUUCAGACGCCAUUUCGCGACACUCUUCGACCGCAUCGUGCGCUUGGCCACAUCCUCGACGGACGAGCAGACGACCAAGCAGACGGCAUCCACGGAUCAACAAGUCGAACAGCUGCCGUCUGCACAGCCGCUAAAUGAGAUUGGCAACAUGCAGCGUAUGUUGGGCGACUCCAUGGCACCUGUGGCACGCGCUGCAAAGACCCAUUUGGGCACCUCAUUAGAGGCUGUGGAGGACGAGGAGGAGGAAUACGACGAGGACGACCUACGCGACAUGGGCUACCGCAAGGACUACGGGCCCGCAGACGCUGCCGGCGCUGAGCAGCAGCAGAGGCAAGGCAAACGCUCCGAGUGGGUCAACGAGGAUUUCGAGCUGCCCACCACUGAGGAACUGUUCAGCGAUUUGGGCAUUUGGUGGUAGCUCCACACACAUCUAAUUCAUUCUAAUUCAAGUAGAUAUAGUCUCAAAUAUAUGUAUGUGAAAACUAUCUCUUGAUUUUUUUUAAGUGUUCUAUGUUCCCAA